GGCGGCGCUGCGACUGAAUCUGUGACGUAAAAGGUUUCAUUCUGCUACUAGCGUAAACAACAAUGGCGGGCGUGCAACCCUUCCGAUUUGAACCACAAACUGACAGUAGUGGCGACUCUGAGCCCGAUCCAGGCGAUGACAACGUUUGGGAUGGCGGUGAUGUGGAGACAGAGCGUUGGAGGUUGGGGAACCGGAACUGGUGCCGCUGUGGACAAGACGAAGACAACAGAAACUGCCUGGAAAUGCCCUCUGUACGGGAGAGUGUUUGUUGUCACGACCUACCAGAGCUGACAGACACUGACAAGAACGUCGGUACAGACCACCGAUGCAUCAGAAAUCACCCUGACUUCGAUGUGAUUCUCCACCCGGCAAACCUCCGAACUUUGCUGAUUUUUCGGUGGGAUCUGAUCCAGCAGGGCGUGCAGGAGCCGGUCUCUAACAGAGCAAUGCGACUCAUCGCCUACACAAGUUUCACCUGCUGGAUACAUGGGCGCCUGGGAGGGAGAGUGAGAAGAGUAGUGCCAUCUUGUGUGGUCAGAUACAUUCGAGAACGCUAUCCUGAGCCAAGUGGAGUAUACGUUGGAUUCCUGGAGGCAGAUGACUAAACUUUAUUUUGUUUCUGUGGUCUUGAUCCAAAAAUGACUGUAAAGCUGCACUUACGUUACAUUGUAUCAUGUUUUGUUCUAACUAUGACAUCUCUUAUCAUGGACUCUAGGACAUAGCCUAGUUAUACUGAAGUAGAUAUAUACAUCAAGAUAUAGGUCUUAAGGAAAAAAAAAUUCUUUCAACCAUUGGAAAAAAUAACAUCACC